CCAAAGAUUUCAUCUACACUUCAAAUUUGCUCCCAACAAAAGAUCUUAAUAACAGCUUCUUCAUCAUGGGCAUCCUUGGAACAAUGGCAAGACAUUUGGACACAAUAGUGGGGCCUGGAGUGUUGCUCCUAUAUCCUUUAUACGCAUCAAUGAGGGCAAUUGAGAGUCCUUCAACCUUGGAUGAUCAACAGUGGCUAACAUAUUGGAUUUUAUACUCCUUCAUCACCCUCUUUGAGCUUUCAUGCUACAAGAUCCUAGCAUGGUUUCCAAUUUGGCCAUACAUGAAGCUAGUUUUUUGCCUCUGGCUGGUAUUACCAAUGUUCAAUGGAGCUGCUUACAUAUAUGAGAACUAUGUGAGACAAUAUGUGAAGAACAUAGGAAGCUUCUAUGGAAAUUCCAAGUAUCAUGAGGACCAAAAGAAAGUUCUUCAGAUGAUGAGUUUUGAUGCAAGGAAAGCUGUUGAACGUUAUAUAGAUACAUAUGGUUCUGAAGCCUUUGAGAGAGUAGUCAAAGCAGCUGAUAGAGAAGCAAGGAGGCACUGAAGAAUAAUUGACCCAAAUUGAUGCUUCAAAGAAUUUACAUAUCUUUUAAUCAAUAAUUAUUGUGCAUUGUUAACUAUGUUUCAGAACCAUUUAUCAUUUAGUUAAAUGCCAACAAUCUUGAGCUUUCCACACUGUAAAUUAAAUUAUGUAUAUACUUUCCUUGGCAUGAGAAUUAAGGGGCUUCUAUUCAUUUGAUA